GCAGAAAGGCAGCUGCCAUGAAGUUCUGGAGACUCUAAAAACCAAUGCCAAGGAAACAAUUUCUAGAUUAUUAACCAGCAAUGGAGGAGGGCCAACCUUGCUUACAAGACCAUCAAAAGGAAGUCCAAGGGGUUAUAGUCGAGUCUGCUGAAGAUGCCCAUUCAGAUGAAGGAGAUGGCUAUGAAACCCUAACUUCAUUUCAGCCAACCCAGGAGCAGAAAGAACCCACUGAUAUCUCAGGUGACAAAAGAGCCCAAAGUCCCAACUCUUCCAUGACAACUAAGGAACUCCAAGAAUACUGGCGGAAUGAGAAGCGCAGUUGCAGAGAAGUCAAGGUCCUUUUCGAAAUCCCGUCAGCCAAAAUUGUAGAGAAGCCCUUCUCUAAAUAUGUGAUGUACCAGAUUCUCGUCAUCCAGACGGGAAGCUUUGACAGCAACAGAUCAGUGAUUGAGCGUCGGUAUUCAGAUUUCGAAAAGCUGCACAUGAAUCUUCUGAAGGAGUUUUAUGAUGAAAUGGAGGAUAUUGCAUUUCCCAAGAAGUGUAUGACGGGGAACUUCACAGACGAAAUCAUCAUCGAGAGGAAGUUAGCCUUCCAAGAUUACUUGCGGCUUCUGUAUUCCAUGGAAUACACCCGGACAUCUAGAAUAUUUAUUGACUUCUUAGUGAGACCGGAACUGGAGGAGGCCUACAGUUGCCUCCGGGGAGGACAGUUUACCAAAGCUUUGGAGGUUCUUCUGGAAGUUAUAGCUCUGCAAGAGAAACUUGUCAAGCAUCGGCCCACCCUAUUGGUCCCAACUCUCUGUGCCAUAGUCGUCUGUCACAAAGAUCUGGAAAACUCAAGAGGUGCCUACGAAUUUGGAGAGAAAGCUUUGCUACGCCUUGAGAAGCAUCCUGGUCACAGGUACUACAUGCCCCUGCUGGAAACAAUGAUUUCCUUAGCAUACGAACUUGGCAAGGACUUUCUAUAUUUCCAAGAGAAGAUGGAGGAGAGGAAGGCCAAAAAACGGCUAACUAAAAUGGUGUCCCUAAAAGAACUUGCAGUUCAAGAGUACAUAGACUGAGAGAAGCUGGGAUAGGUGCAGAAAAGGCGUAAAGUCAAUAAUUAAGCAAUUGGCACACCUUCUAGAAGGAUGAAAGGCAAAAGCCUGUUUGGGACUUUUUUGUUUAGGCCAGAGUCAGGGAGCCUUCUUCAGCCCAAGGGCCAUAUUUCCUGAUUGGCAACUUUCUGGGAGCCAAACGUAUUUCAUUUAUUUAAUACAAUUUAUAUCCCACUUGAUUGUAAAAAAACACACAACAACAACCUCAAAGCAGUUCAUAAAAAGAAAAAGAAAACCUAUUAGAUUAUCAGCAGCAACAGUUAAAAACAACUUUUUAAGACAUUCAAGAAAUAAUAAAAAUCAGUAGAAAGCUAAAAAUUAAAAUUAAAGCACAUGUCAGCAUUCUGCAUUUCUGGAUAGGCUUGCCUGAACAUAAAUGUUUUUUGCAGACACUGAGAAGAAUACACUGAAGGGACCUGUCUAAUGUCAAUAGGCAGGGAGUUCCAAAGUGUGGCCACAAAAAAAAACACUGAUCUCUUACAGAUGUGGAACAGGUAUUAUGUGGCACCUGUAACAUGCCACUGGCAGGUGGGGCUAGAGAGGCAAAGGUGUGUGAUGAAACAGAUGUGACUCUUACCUUUGUGCAGUAUAAGGCAGAGGUUUCUACAUAAAAUGUACCCACAUUAACUAUAAUAUCCACAUACCCUUGUUUGCAUCUGGCUCCAUCCACCACCAUCAUGUGGCCCCUAAAUGGUUGCCCAGGAGGGAAUGUGGCCCUGGGGUUGAUAAAGGUUUCCCAUCCCUAUUAUACGUGACUAAUAUUUGCUGGUUUCCUUUUCUAUGAAUUAUCGAUAAUUGUUUUGUAUUGUUUUAUGUACCUCCCCUUAGAAGCUGGUUGGUUGGUUUUUAUUAAGCAAUUUAGACAUUUUUCUAAAUGAAUAAAUAACAUCCAUAUUGACCACACUGGUUGGGGCUGCAGAGAGUUUGA